AAAAUCCACGGCGCUUUUGCGGGACUGUGAAGCCGAACAUGGGGUUCAAUUUUGAAACCAAGACAGUGAGGGAAGACGCCAUGGAAAAGUACAUGUAAACCAGGAUAAAGUGACCGGGAUUAGACUUCCACGCAGACUGAGGUUUGACUGGGGCGCAGACUUUCUCGAUCCUUGGACCGAUCGGCUCUUCUUCCCAGGAUUCUGGGAGUCCAGUCCAAAAGUUUCAUGCUGAACAUCGCUGCAUUCACCUGAAGGUCCAGGGUGUAAGGGGAGCAGUGGGUGUCGGAGCUCCAAUGCCAGUGGACAUGCAGCCACACCAGGGGCUGUAUCACUACGAGACGUCCCCCAACCAGCCGCCCAGAGGGUUGGACCAGUACAGCGAUGUGUCGUCGCUGCGUGGCCCUCACCUCGCCGGGCCGCCGCAGGACUGCAGGCCCAUGUACAACCCCAGUAUGACGCAUGGAUCCGGCUCAGGGAUGGGCCCUGGCAUGGAUCCGUACAUGAGGCCGCCUCAGAACCCACAGCAGCUCAACAUGAUGGGCCACCGCAGGAUGCCCCCGACUGAGGGAAACAACAUUCCCUACUGCAACCAGAACAACAUGAUGUCCUCCCAUCACAACUUCUGUCAGCUUCCCGGACCUGAUCAGAUGGGAGAUGGCUCCAGAUUCUCCACUCCUCGCUCUGUGCUGAAGCUGAGCAAAAAGCGAGCUCUGUCAAUCUCCCCUCUGUCGGAUGCAAGCAUUGACCUGCAGACCGUCAUCCGGACCUCACCCAACUCUCUCGUGGCCUUUGUUAACUCCCGCUGCAACCCGAACGGCGCCAGCUCGUACGGGCAUCUUUCUGUCAGCGCGAUGAGUCCAUCGCUUGGGUAUUCCAACAACAUCAACUGCCAGUCUCGGGGACAGGGCUCCGUGUAUGGAGGUGGUGGAGGCACGCCAAUGGGGGGACACACACCGGUGCCCUGCCAAGCUUCCCGUUUACCUCCGCACAAUCCUCGCCUACUUGCUCCACCCAAACAUGGACACCUUAAGACUGAGCCUGGUCUUGGUUUGAUGGACGGGAUAAAUGUAAAAAAUCUGGAGGAGAGGUCAGAGGGGGACGUGGCCAGCCCGUCGUCGACUGGUACUCAGGAUCCCCUGCUCGGUCUGCUGGACGGUCGCGACGACUUGGACAAGGACGAUGGGAAGCCUGAACCGGAGGCCGUUUAUGAAACUAACUGUCGCUGGGAAAGCUGCAACAAGGAGUUCGACACGCAGGAUCAACUUGUUCAUCACAUCAACAAUGAGCACAUCCACGGAGAGAAGAAGGAGUUUGUGUGUCACUGGCAGGAGUGCUCACGAGAACAACGGCCCUUCAAAGCCCAGUACAUGUUGGUCGUUCACAUGCGGAGACACACAGGAGAGAAGCCACACAAGUGCACUUUUGAGGGCUGCAAUAAAGCCUACUCCCGUCUGGAGAAUUUAAAGACCCACCUGCGCUCUCACACUGGAGAGAAGCCUUAUGUUUGCGAGCAUGAGGGAUGCAACAAGGCCUUCUCCAACGCUUCUGACCGGGCCAAACAUCAGAACCGGACCCACUCCAAUGAGAAACCAUACGUUUGCAAGAUUCCCGGUUGCACCAAGAGGUACACAGACCCCAGCUCUUUACGCAAACAUGUGAAGACGGUGCAUGGCCCAGAAGCCCACAUCACAAAGAAGCAUCGGGGGGACACUGGUCCUCGACCGCCGGGAUCAGCUCUGACUCCCAAUGGCACCAAUUCCGAACUGCUGCUGGAGAAAGAGGAGACCCGUAGAGAGGACUGCAAGCUGUUGGCACCUGACACCGCUCUGAAGUCACAGCCCAGCCCUGGCGGUCAGUCUUCAUGCAGUAGCGAACGUUCACCACUGGGGAGCACCAACAACAACGACAGUGGGGUGGAGAUGAACCUCAACGCAGGAGGCAGUUUGGAGGAUCUCACAGCUCUGGAGGACGGCUCUGCUGCUGCAGUUGGGGGAGGGGGAGGCGAUCCUGGCACUGUCGGGAUGUCAGCCCAGGCUCUGAAGAGAUUGGAGAACCUCAAGAUUGACAAGCUUAAGCAAAUACGUCGGCCUACUCCGCCCUCACGGUGCCUGAACACCAAGCUACCUGCGCUUCCUUGUUCCGGGGACAACAUGGGAAUGUGUGCACCCUCUCCACUCAUCUCAAACCGUCGUGUAAUGGAGCUCUCCAGUCAUGAUUUAGGAGGUGGGACCUCAGUUGGCUGCAAUGCCAAUGACAGGCGAGGAAGUGGAACCAGCAGCUUGAGCUCUGCCUAUACCGUGAGCCGUCGCUCCUCCAUGGUGUCUCCGUAUCUCUCCAGCCGACGCUCGAGUGAGGUGUCCCAAAUGGGGGGUGUCGGCGCCGGGGCUGGGUGUCAUCUCCUUGGGCCGGAUCAGAGUGGAGGAGAUUCGCUGUCUCCAGAGACCAAUCGCCGGGGCGCACCCUGUCCAGCAGCGGGAGGAUUACCAGGUCUGCCAAAUCUAACACCUGCUCAGCAAUACAGCCUCAAGGCCAAGUAUGCUGCCGCCACAGGCGGCCCACCACCGACACCUCUACCCAACAUGGAGCAACCAGUCACCCCAGGGAGAAGAGGGGCUUUAGGCGACUUUCACGGGCAGCCUUUGCCUCCUUUCCUUCAACAAGGCGGUCCUCGUCGACACAGUGCCAACACCGAGUAUGGUACAGGAGUCAUCUAUCCACACCAAGCAGCAGGCAACAGCAGCAGACGAGCCAGCGAUCCGGUGAGAUCGGUAGCUGAUCCGCAAGCUCCCCCCAAACGCUUCAGCAGCCUUAAUAAUGUGUCCAUGAUGGGACGCAGGAAUGCACUGCAGCACCGUGGUUCCGAAACCAGCCUCUCCCGUCACUUGUACUCCCCCCGACCACCGAGCAUUACGGAGAACGUUAUGAUGGAGAGCAUGGGCAUGGAGUCUCACCUCGGACCUGCAGAGGCCAGAGACAGGUCUUUGAUGAUGCCCCCUAGUGACAGGAACUUCAUGGGAUACCAGCAGCAGAAUCAUGCUGGUGGGAGCGCUGCACCGCUUUCUAACCAGUUGUCGCCAAGCCAUGACUCUUUGGCUUGUCCAGACCAAGGGUUCAUGCAAGGACAUUAUCAGGGAGGGGAUGUUUCCUCCCGACCGGGCGGCAUCAGUCACGCGGAGGGCGUGUCCAAUACACUUCUCCAACAGGCGGAGUAUGGUAUGAGCACCUGCCAACUCAGUCCCUCAGCUCCUCAUUAUCCAGCCUUGGGGCAGGGUGGUUCUGGUGGGCCAGUUGCUGGGCAAUGGAGUGACGCACACAGCCAUGCUCUUCAGAACCAGCGAGGGAUGUCCUACUCAGAUGUGCCUUCACAGCAAACACAGGCCCACUUUAACAAUCUCUAUAAAAACAUGGAUGGAACCCACAAGCUCAACAUCAAGCCCGAGCAGCAGUUCCAUCCUGGUAUGGGGGGUAGAGACGCCUGUCAGAGUGCCAAGCUUCAACAGCAGCGGAUGCUCCAGCAGCAGACUCAAGGAUACCCCCAGCAGACGGGGCACCCGAUGAUGAGCAAUUCUGGUGUUCCCAGUUGCGACUUUCAAGGACAGAAUCCAAACUCAUUUUCAGGCGGCGGGGGCUUGAGUUUAGGCUGUGCUGGAAAUGCUCUUUCCGAAGGCCAGCGGUCAGAAACCCCCAUGAUGCAGGUGAAGGAGAUGAUGGUGAGGAACUAUGUGCAGUCUCAGCAGGCACUCAUGUGGGAGCAGCAGCAGGAGCAGCCGGGCGGGAUCAAACCUCCACCCCUGUCGGAUAGCAUGGACAUGACCGGGCAAACGUCCAUGAUGCAACACAGUCCACAGCACCAUAACCAGAAUCUCUACCCUGGCCAGCAGUAUCCUUCAUACCCCAAUCAGAACAUGCUCAUAAGCCCUCAGGCGCCCAGCUCUGUGACACCAAAAGAACAAGGAGCAAGUCUCCAAGGGUCGUGCUACAAUCAGGAAAUGGUGGUUCCAAGACCUCCUCAAGGGCGGAAACCGCUCAGUCGGCAGAACAGCCUGUCACAAGUGGGCGGUAGCUUUUUAGGCAGUCCGCCGCAGCUCAGUCCCGUCCACUCCACUGCCAGCCCCAGAAGAGGAGUCCGACUGCCUCCAGUGCAGCACCCGCAGCAACCGCAGCAGGACAUGUUUUCACCCACCAAUAACAACAGCCUGUACUAUUCAGGUCAAAUCAACAUCGACAAACACAUGGACCCUCAAAGCUGCCUAAACCAGCCACACGGCCUGGGGUCAAACAUGGAUCCAGUCAGUGGCACGAAAGCGCCUUAUUCCGAGUCGGGGCCCAUUUCCAAUGCCUUAGAAAACUUGGACUUGGACAACGCUCGCAUAGACUUUACCUCCAUCAUCGACGACACCGAGCCGCCUUCGUUCAGCCCGAUUAAUCCUCUGGAGGGUCAGCCAGGUACUUCGUCCUCACGACUGACCACACCCCAGACUUCUGUCACCCUGGCCGCCGGCUCCAGUCUGUCCAACAUGGCUGUGGGUGACAUGACAUCCAUGUUGACUUCACUGGCUGGAGAGAACAAAUACUUAAAUACACUGUCAUAGAAAAAUAGAGGGGUUUUUUUGUUGGUCAAAAGUUUGAGGUCAUGUUUGAACUGGGAUACUUUAAUGGUGGAAACACUUCCUUAUAAAGGCUCCUUUUAUAAUUGUUCAUAAAUGGGUUAUCCUAUUAAGAAACACAUUCAGUAUUCGUAAAUGAUUUCUCAGCAUCAUUGAGGGUCCUCUCUUGAGCCCACAGUCACUUCACGUUUUAUCAUUUCAUUCGUUGUGAGUUAAACAGUUUUUUUUUUUUGGGGGGGGGUACUGAAAAAACUAUCAAUGAAAUGUUAUAUGGAUCAAUAUCGCAACACAGUUUGCCACAGAAGGUGUUUAGAUUCAUAUUCUUCCCAGCUUGCUAAAAAUCAUUGCCAAAAAUAAUUGAGCAGGUUAUUUAAGUUUCCCUUUGUUGCCUCAAGAUCAUCUCAAACAUUUUUAAGUUCAGAAUUCUUGAUCACUCAUCUUUGAUAGGCCUUUGCCAAAUUUUUACCAUUUCAUAAACAUUUAAAAAAUGGUCCUUUAUUUCUCACAACAGGUAUGUUUUUAACUCAAGAGAGUAAAAAAAAUCGGCAGCAAGCAUGAAUAUCUGGCUCGAAGGCCAAGAGAAACUCAAACCAAAGGUGCCUAUAGUGACCCUCCUGUGACGUGUCACCUCUGUUUUAACUUGGUCUUUUCUGUGCCUUACUGUCACAGGCAGAUAAGGAAUUUCCAAACGGGCAUUCCAGUGGCAAGCGUCUGCUGAGAAUAGAAGGAUCUGUGUAAAUAGAUGUUUUUAUAUACAUUUAUAUAUAUGUUUGUACAUGACAAUGAGACAGCGAUGGAAUCUGUCUUGUUCUAGAUCACCUGACGGGGCUUGAGAAGAGGCGAUGUACGCGUUAAUAUACUUUGAGUUCAACACCGUGGCAUAUCAGUAUUAUAGACAUCACGCAAUAAACGUGCACGUAUAACCUACACACAAACCCUCAGGACUUGUUCGUGUGUGACACUUUGAUGAUUGCCUUUCCUGACAGAGAGUUUGCACUCCUUGUGUUUACUGUACAUUUUCUGAAAGCAGCUGUUGGUUUUAACUGUACAUAAGUCUGUGCCUUUCUCUUUGCAAGGUACAAGUAUGGCAGACAAACCUUUUUCUUUGCAGCUAUUCCUUCCACUUGGAGCCUUAAUAAUGAAAGUUUAGCUCAGAUGUUCAACUCUACAUGGCAUAGGUCAAUAAAACUGCCAUGUGUCUUCUGAUAAUUAUCUUCGCUCGAGAAUAAGGUACAGCUUAGCGCCGCCGUGAAUCCUCACUAAUCCCAAAGAUGUAAGCAAAUCAGGAGCUGGGGAGAAAGAGCCGCUGUAAAAUACUUGUUUUAUGGCUGCGCUGAGGUACGUUUGUGCCGCUGAGGAGUUGUGUUGUGCACAAGCAGACAGCGUGUUGUUGUGGUUUCACAUGAAACAUGGUUCAGUGUGAGGAAGGCGGCGUCUCUCGCUUGAGUCGUAUAUUUCAACAAGUUGUUUUAGCUAAUGAGAACCGGUCGGUGCUGCGUUGAAAAGUAUGACGAAAUAUUCAUACAACAAUGGUUCGCCUGAAUUCUAAUCCAGCCCCUUUGAACACAAACAACCUACCAAAGACACUGACUGAGAAGCACAAAGUAUUCUAACACACUAACGGGCAAUAAAAAAGACAUGGACAUAGUGCGGAGCUAUAGAAUGUAUAAGACGUUUUGUACAAAAUGGUCCUUUUAUAUCAACGAACUUCAUGAAGUUCUUUGUGUUUGUGUGUGUGUGCGUGUGUUUGUUUUGUAACUCUUCAUUCUGACCUUUUUGCUGGCAAAAGAACAUCACCUUUAGCAAUAAAUCUGUAAAAGUAGCAUUAACUACAAUAGACAAAAAAAGUGUUAUAUUUUGUGUACAAUUUUCUACAUUUUUAUACAAAUGUGCUAUAUUUUACAUGUUCAUGA